CGGUAGAGAGGAAGAAGGGGAGGAUGUGGAGGGGGAGGAACAAAUGUUGCAUGAAGUAUCAGGGAGGGAGAGCUUGAAAAAGAGAGCGGUGGACCGGAGAAAGUGAGAGACCGGAGGGGACCACGGUGACUGAUAGAGAAUUUCCUCACAUGCACGCAAACACAGAGGAGGCCAGCCAUUUUCCUCACACAUUUGUUUGGUUCUGCCACCUGUGAACACUCACUCACACAUAGGCAAACACACACAGAAGAACAGCAUGUUGUACUGGAAGCUCCCCCUGGCAGUGGGUGCGUGGUCGAUAUGUGUAUGUCUGACUCUGAACUACGAGGACGAUAUCGAAGUCAACUAUGCCGACACCUACUACAACGAAAUCACAGAAGAUGAGACGCCAGAACCCACACCGAGUGCAACUCCCUGUAGUUCUCCAGACCUCACAAAGUGGGACAAAAUUUUCUCAAUGCUGGAGAAUAGCCAGAUGCGGGAGAACAUGCUUCUGCAGUAUGCCGAUGACAUUGUCAAAGUGGAGAUGGGGUCUCUACGUGGGGAAAUCCUCAGGUUUGUGGCCCAGUAUGGUGGUUCAUGUGGGGUUGCAGUGGAGACAGCGGGAAAGAGGCUGGCCUUGCAGUUGGAAGGCCGACUAAGAGAAUCCCUUGAACGAUUCAAAUUUGGUGAUUACAUUACCACCGCUGAUGGAAAUUCUGUUGGGAAUUCAAACCACCUGGAGGCAAUGCUGCAACAGCUUCUCUCUGCCACACGGAGCCAGGCAAGCCGACUUGGUAAGCUGGAAACCAGCUGCUUCAGCCACCGAAGAGGUGCGAAAGAAACAUCGCAACUUUCGCAGGGUGUCCACAGAGAGCAGGAAGUUACAACACAGGAAGUAGCUUUGGAGGCAGCCUUGGCUAUGCUGCAGCAGACGAGAAUGGAGAUCCAGGAGGUACUAAGUUCAUCACGGCGCAGACACCUGCCUGCAGGUAAUGAGAUGGCCAUCCUCUUCCCCAUGCGUUCACGUCGCAUCUACACUUCAGUUAUCCCCGAUGUCCCUCUUUCACUGUCCUCCUUCACUGUCUGCCUGUGGGUGAAACCAGUCACAGUUUCCAACAAGACUGUUCUGUUCUCUUAUGGCAACCGUCGUAACCCAUAUGAGAUCCAACUCUUGCUCAGCCACACAUCAGCCCUAUUCACCAUUGGAGGAGAGACUCAUCUGGUGGAGGCACGAGGUCUAGUCAAGGCAAAUGGUCCUACAGAAUGGCUUCACCUAUGCGGGUCUUGGUCCUCUGAGCAGGGCCUGGCAACCUUGUGGGCAGGUGGGGAAAAAGUUGCUUCCACAUCGGGAGUGGCAGAAGGACACAUCCUGCCAGAUGGAGGUUCACUCCAGUUGGGACAGGAAAGGAAUGGUUGCUGCCCUCUGACCCCAAGCAGCAGUGGGAACGGGGUGCCAGGCUUUGAGGCAGGGUUUGAUCCCAAGCUGGCAUUUGCAGGCAAAAUGACGGGAGUGAACAUGUGGGACAAAGUGCUGUCAGAGGAGAAGAUUUCCCAGAUGGCUUUGAAAGAGGGCCAGGGUUGGGAGGAAAGAGGGAACAUAGUGGCAUGGGGUGUGACAGAAAUGGUGCCACAUGGAGGCGCUCUAUUUAUCAACUAAAAUAGACUCCCUAAUAUUCAUAAGCCUUGACCUUGCCUAUCACAAACAUUUAAAUCACUUUAAUGCUAAAACUGAGGAAAUGUCAUCUUUAUGAAAAUAUGUCAUGGUUUAUUUUUGCACCCCAAUCACUUUUACUGAGGCUACAUGUCACACUCGUUCCUCAUUGCAGCACACAAACAUUGUCAAGCAUUCAUCUCGGAAAGUGUGUGUUGUAGCAGGAAGCGUGCUGCGAGCGAUGUUUACCAAAGACCUAAUUAGGGUGAAAGAAAGAGUCCAUUGUGAAAGUGAGCAACUUCUGAGCCAAUAAAUAAAAACUCAGCAGACACAAAAGGGGAACCAGAGGACAAAAAUAAUAAAAAUGUUUUAGUUGUAGCGCCAUUUAUUUACUUUUAUAGAUACAUCUAAGUAAUUAUUAGAAACUCAGUUUUGUCAUACAUGGCUAAAAUCCAUCUUUUGGCAUGUCAAACUUGGUCUUUGCUUUUCUAAACUAAAGGCCAUCCACAGAUUAGUCUCCUGUUGGACUAAAUAAAAAAGGUACCAUGUAAAAAAACUUUGUAACGUAAUGAGCCAUGCAUCAUGUGAUCCAGGGAAUACUUGUGACUAAACACUGCUGUGCAGACUUUCUGCUAAGCUCAGCCGACUUUAGAAAUAACUUUUAACAUUUCAGCUGUACGCAAUGUUUUAUUUUUUUCCACCUUUUGCCUCACCAAGUUAAGUUUGUUGCAUUACUUUGUACUCAUCAAGUUUACAUUUACGUAUAUUAGUCUAUGUCUGCGUAGUCAGCUGUUCAGUACUUUUUACACAUAGUGUAAUAUAUAAUUUUUUGCAAUACAGUUACAUUGUAAAUUUGUUAUAUUUGGAUUUCAUUGUUUUUAUAUCAGUGAGGGGAAUGUUUACAAGGUCUGGUCUUUUGUGAGUUAAAUUGUUUUGUAGAAUACUGUACAGAUAUAUUAACUGAAUUUGGUUUCCCUGGUAAUGUCAACGGGUGAAAAUGAAUGUAUUUGCACAUAAAUAUAAUUUGACGGAGAAUGUGGGAUGAAUAAACAUAUAAUAGUA